AAAAAAUUACACGUGAGAAGUGUUCUCAACUUCUCUCAGAUCUAUCCCCCAUUUUUUAAAAGAAAAAGCACGAUCGGAAUGGCGCUUUGACCUCCUUCCCCACGGGACUCGACUUUUCUCCAUUGCUCCUCAAAAUCGCCCCAACAUUUUUCAGGGAAUAAAGAAUUUGGAGAAAAAAUAUGCACGAUUUCUGCUUCACCAUCCCUUAUGGGUUCAUCGUUGUGAUUGGAGGCGUUGUUGGGUAUCUCAAGAAGGGGAGCAUAGCUUCUUUAGGUGGAGGUGUGGGCAGUGGAUUUCUGCUCAUUCUCGCUGGUUAUCUUAGUCUCAAAGCCUUCGAGAAGAGGAGGAACUCAUAUUUUGCUUUGAUUCUUGAGACGGUAUGUGCAGCUGCACUAACAUGGGUCAUGGGACAGCGCUACUUGCAGACUUCUAAGAUUAUGCCAGCUGGGGUUGUUGCCGGUAUUAGUGCUCUCAUGACUGCAUUUUAUUUGUUCAAAAUUGCUACUGGUGGCAACCAUAUUCCUGCCAAGGCCGAAUGAUAGAUUCAACAAGGACCUCAAUUCACCACCCAUAACUGAAUAUACUUGGUUUCCACUUACCCGGAUAAUUCCAUUGGAUAUUAGUUUUCUGAACAUUUUUAUACUACUUGGCAUUGCGCCAAACAAUUCGUGAGUUCCAAAAAACAAUGUCUUUUGUAUAUGAAUUUGAAGGGACCUAAUUUAAAAUUGUAACUUUGGUUAUUACAUUUUCUGACACUCCUACUGUACUCUCCUUUUGAAUCUAUUAGAACUCUGAGACAUUGAUAGUUAUAGAUUAGUGAAGCUCAGUAUAAUACUUUAAUGUUUGGAACUCAAAUUAGAUGAUCUGUUUGUUUAUUCCGGUUGAUAAUUCAAAAUGAUUUUUUUUCUUC